GUCAAGAGCUGGCUGCGGCGAGCCAAGUCGGACAACUCGGAAGAAAACGCGGUGUUCAAGAACAGGCACCGGUAUUACCUGUACAGAUACGCCUACGGGCCUCCCCUGCAGCGCCGGUACCAGGGCAGUGACUCAUCCGAGGAAGAGGGGGAUGGCUCGGAGGAGGAGGAGGAAGGGAGGGAGCCAUCCCAUGCCGGCACCCAGGCAGCCGGCCAUCCCACCGGAGCAGCCCCCGGGGACAGCCAGGGUGGGCUGGGAGGAGACGUCGCAUCCCCCCAGCAGGGCUGCCAAGGGCGCCUGAAGGGGGGCAGGAGCAGCGCUGCCGGCAAGGGGGGCGACUCCGAAAAUGAAGACAGCGACGAGAAUGAGGAGGAAGAAGAGGAGGAGGAAGAAGAAGAGAUAGCCGAGAACGAGAAUGGUGUCAACGGCACAAGCACCAACACCACCGAGGGGGCAGAUGGAUCUCACGGCAAUGGCACUGCGGUGGCUGAGGAAGAGGAGGAAGAGGAGGAGGAAGAAGAAGAGAUAGAGGAGGAGGAGGAGGAAACCGAAGCCACCACCAUCGCCAGCACCACCAGCGAAGAGGGACUGUCCCAGGCGACCACCACGGGAGAUUGGGGACCUACGGAUGCCACCACAGCCGGGGAGCAGUGGGAAUAUGAGGUGACGGCUGGAGGCCACGGCCGGGGGGAUGAGGGCAUCACCGAUGGCAGCUACAGGGAGCAGGACGAGUACGCCCGCGGGGACAGCUACCAGCCCUACGAGGAUGAGUAUGGCUACUACAAGGGGCACGGCUAUGAUGUGUACGGCCAGGAUUACUACUACAGCCAGUGA